AUGCAGAGGUGCGUGUGCGAGCCACGCUCCUCCACUGUCAUGACAUGGGAGGAGCAGGCGCGGCGCGUGCGGCAGACGCAGUCUAAGCUCGACGCCAAGUUGCUGGCGUACUCCCAUUAUGUGUCAGACAUUGUGAGGGAUCCACAGCGUGCUCAAGGAGAAACGGUGGGUGCUGUAUCGCUGGAUAUGAGCGGCACCUCUCGUGCGUCUUUAUCCGCUGAUGGAGUAACAGGCGGCUUGAACUCGGCGGCGAUGGAAGCAGAGAUCCAAGACCUGCUCGUGCAAUAUGCAGACGACCAAGAGGAAUUAUCACGUUCUAUAAAUGACAUGGCAGAUCCUCUUCUUCCGCCAUCGCAGACACAGUUACGGACCGUCCAGCGUCAUCGCGAACUACUGGUCGAAUCAGAGCGUGACUUUUUCCGCUCCAAGACGAGCCUGCGACAGGCACUGGACCGACAACAACUUUUGGGACAUAUACGGGACGAUAUUGAACAAGCGUAUGCGACGCAAUCCGAGUUCCGUGCGCAGCGCGACACUCUAUCAAGCAUUCACGGACGUCUCACAUCCAUCACUGGCCAGGUGCCAGGUCUACAGAGUCUCAUUUCGCUGAUUGCGCGACGACGACGACGCGACAAUGUUAUCCUCGCUCUAGUGAUUGGCAUUUGCCUUGUGCUGUUGCUAUGGACAGGCACUCGCCGCACAUAG